AAUUUUGGUUUGUUGUUUCUCGGAGACGUCAUCGGCGCUGCCUACCGUAAUCUGUCCAAAGGCUGAUCGUCCGUGCUCCCUCCCGUGCGAUAUCACAAAUUUCGCCCACUAGCGAAACAGUUUCAUGAGAACUCAUGCCAUUACUAACUUCGCGGAUGUUAUGAGUGCAUCGUAGAGGUCAUGAGUCUUGAGGAUCCAUUCUUUGCCGUGAAAGAUGAAAUUGUCAAGGCCAUAGCGAAGAACAAGAGCCUCUUUGAGAGGUGGAACCAGUACCAGGACCCGUCCAGCCUGCCCUGCAAGGAAGAACUCGACUGGACCACGAACGAACUUCGCAACGGCUUGCGAAGCAUAGAGUGGGACUUGGAAGAUCUAGAAGAGACGAUCGCUAUCGUUGAAAAAAAUCCAAAGAAGUUUAAGAUUGACGACAAAGAGAUCCGGAACCGCAAGUCUUUCAUUGAACAAUCCAAAAAUGAAGUCAAGUGUAUGAAAGAGAAGGUUCUUGAAAGCAAGUCAAAGAAUAAGAAAAUGAGGCCUUCUAGUAUGGAGCUGUUCAACCCCUCUCGGACGGCCAAGUACACGAGCCUGAGGAACGAGGUAGAGAGUCCCAUCCGACGUCUGCUCGACACAACCCAGAGGCAGCAACAGGAGCUGAUGGUGAGCCAGGACGAGGAGCUGGAGGGCAUCCAGAAGUCUGUGGGCAGCCUCAAAGUCAUGAGCAAGCAGAUCGGCAACGAGCUGGACGAGCAGUCGGUUAUGCUGGACGACCUGGGACACGACAUGGACAACACCGAGUCCAAGAUGGACGGGGCCCUCAAAAAGAUGGCCAAGGUGCUGCACAUGUCCAAUGAUCGCCGGCAGUGGAUGGCCAUUGGAGCUCUGUCGGGUGUCAUGGUCGUGGUGGUGGCUCUCUUCUUCCUCCUCUAGAAGCCUAGGUCUUCGCCUGCAGCUUAAAACAAAUUUGCAGCUUGGCAAACACCUGCAACUGAGCGAUUCCACGGGGGGCCAUCGACAGCCGCAACAGUCCCUCAGGGGACGAGCCACCAUUUUAUUGUUAUUGUGAUGUAAAUACUACAUGCACGUGUCUACUGCAUACAUACACCAUACAAUUGUAUGCGUCUCGGACGCCCAGUUUCUCCCUAUUAUAUUAUGUGCCAUAGGGUGAAUACGACUCAACGAUAACCCUUUUUGGUUGAAUGGUCUGGUCUACGUUUUUAAAUAAAAUGUGAUGGAUACCUCAA